GACAAGAGCUGGGAAGCCCCGUGAACCUGGGCAUUUCUUCUACACAGUCAUUCUCUUCUGUGCGGAUUCCUCAAGCAAACAAUAUGGAGCCUCAGAGGCAGAAUUUGAAGCCGGCCACACGAUUGUCGUUGAGAAGAUACCACAUUUCUGAGGAGUAUGGCUUUCUUCUUUGUAGUCCUCUGAAAGAACUUCCUGAUCAGUACAGGCCUUGGAUGGAGAUUGCCAACAAGCUUCCUCACUUAAUUGAGAGCCACCAGCUCCGGGCCCAUGUGCACAAGAUGCCCCUCCUGGACUGCAGGUUCCUAAAGAGUCACCGUGAGCAACGCCUGGCACACCUGGUGCUGGCCGCCAUCACCAUGGGAUUCGUCUGGCAAGAAGGGGAGACCCAACCGCAAAAGGUGCUGCCCAGAACUCUUGCCAUUCCUUUUGUUGAAGUCUCCAGGAAGUUGGGGCUCCCUGCUAUCCUGGUCCACUCUGAUCUGGUGCUGACAAACUGGACCAAGAGGAACCCAGAAGGACCAUGGGAAAUCAGUAACCUUGAAGCCAUCAUCUCUUUCCCGGGGGGAGAGAGCCUUCGGGCCUUCAUACUGGUGACAGUUUUGGUGGAGAAGGCAGCGGCGCCUGGCAUUAAGGCCCUGGUUCAGGGGGUGGAGGCCGUUCUGCAACGAAGCCAGGACGCCCUGCUCCAGGCUCUGCAGCAGCUGAGACUCUCCAUCCAGGACAUCACCAGAGCCUUGGCCCAGAUGCAUGAUUAUGUAGACCCAGACAUAUUUUACACGGUCAUCCGGAUCUUCCUCUCUGGGUGGAAGGACAACCCAGCCAUGCCUACGGGGCUGGUCUAUGAGGGUGUGGCCACAGAGCCUCUGAGGUACUCAGGAGGGAGUGCAGCCCAGAGCUCUGUGCUUCAGGCCUUUGAUGAGUUCCUGGGCAUUCGGCAUUGCAAGGAGAGUGUGGGUUUUCUGCAAAGAAUGAGAGACUACAUGCCUCCUUCCCAUAAGGCCUUCCUGGAGGACCUCCAUUCAUCUCCUUCACUGAGGAACUAUGUACUGACCUCUGGUGCCGGGAGCUGCCUGGUGGCCUAUAACCAGUGUGUGGAAGCGCUGGCAGAGCUACGCAGUCACCACAUCAACAUGGUGGCACGAUACAUUAUAUCUGCUGCUGCCAAGGCCAGGAGCAGAAUGCUGAGCCAUCUCCUACCCCACGCCUUGGAGGACAGGGGCACUGGGGGCACUGCAGUGAUGAGCUUCCUGAAGAGCAUCAAGGAGAAGACCGUGGAGGCCAUCCUGCAGCCUUGUGCUUAGCGGUGCAAGUCCUGCAUCCUUGUGUUUAGCGGUGCAUGUCCUGCAUCCUUGUGCUUCCUGCAUCCUUGUGUUUAGCAGUUCACAUCCUGCAUCCUCGUGCUCAGCAGUUCAUGUCCUGCAUCCUUGUGCUUAGAUGCUGUGGGAGUCAGAGCCAGGAUGAGAGCUCCGCCUGAGCCCAAGCAUACUUUUGCUCCAAAGAACACCAUGUUCUUUGUUCAUAAGCUGUGGUUCCCACUCCCACCCCAGCCCCAGACACUGGGUUUGCUAGAAACCUUUCUGCCUUGCCCAAUCCCCUUGCCUCACAGCUGAGUGCUAAAACUAUGUCUCCAUUCAGUGGGCAAGUCAGAGACACCAAAGCUCAAUUUAAAAAGAAUCAAGUUGCCUUUGGGCAUAUCACCUCAUCUUUCCCUGCACUCACCUCUUUCCUCCUUGUUCCCUCACUCUCUCAUCCCCCCAUUUUCUCCUUUUCUUGUCCUCCAUGUUUACUCCCCUUUCCUCUUCUUCCCUUGCUCCUGCUCCUCAUUUCCCCUCCUCUUCUUCCCUCCCUUUUGUCUUUGAAACAGGAUUUAACUAUGUACCCCAGACAAGUGAAGGCCAGGAUAUAAUUAUAUCACUAGACCUAAGAUAAAUGAUAAAUGGGUGUUUAUUGGGGACAAUUACACAGAAAAAUACAAAGAACCAUCAGUGCAUUUCCCUACUGGAUCCGCUGACCCACCAAAAA